AUGAAACUUCUUUCGAUCGUUUUUGCUUUCUGCAUUGUACUUGCCACCAGUUCUUUGGAAGAGGGAGAUGAAGCAAAAGUCAAGGACGAACACACUUUGAUUCAUCCACUACCACGACAUUUGUUGGGGCCUUGGAAUACCGAGAAAGCCUCUAAGGAUGCUGCGAAUGGCUUCGAUGCUUUAAAAUCAGGGAGUGUUACUGGUGGCGGUGGCGGCGGAGGCGGUGGUGGUGGUGGCGGAUCUAAUGGUGGCGGCGGCGGUGGUGGUGGUGGUGGUGGAGGUGGCAAGGCAUUAGCAUGGGACAGCGAGAGAGUGGAGUGGAAAUGGAAUAAUAGGGAAAAUAAAAAGCAGGAGCCAAGUGGUCAAAACCCUGGCGUGGUAUGUAAUAUUGAAACAGUGACCUGA